AUGAGUCUCAGCGGACAGCAGAAGACUAGAUGGAAGUGGAAGACGCUGUUCUACUUCCUCUUUACAAAGUGUAAUGAACCUUACGCUACAUCUAUAAUUUCCGGUACUGGUAAUAGUCCGAAAUAUGAAUAUAAAUAUGAAGUAUCGGACCACCAGACGGGUGAUAGAAAAAGUCACUGGGAGAAACGGGAUGGUGAUAACGUCCGCGGCGUUUACACAUUGUAUGAACCAGAUGGAGCGCUGCGAACUGUGGAGUAUACUGCAGAUGCAUUACACGGUUUCAAUGCUGUAGUGAAAAGAGAGAAGCCGAAUAAACAUCAACAACGAUCCAACACUCUGUAUACAUAUGACAUGCCUUCUAACAGCGCUCAUAAUAUUUUUGACGACUCAAGUGUCGGUUACACUUCUGACAGGAAGAUCUUACCAAUUCAAGAAAAUGGCUCAAAACAUGCCGCAAAAAGUGAUGGUUUUAGCUUUGUUCAUGGGCACAACUCAAAUUAA